GUCUCGAUCAGUCGAUCAUGCGAGCCGCGACGCAACAUUUCUUGUUUUCUGGGGUGGAAGAGAUUCUCUCUCAGUAUCUGUUCUUUGCUUCUCCAUUCAAAAUGGCCACUACUUUCUUCAAGAGACUUGCUAAGGCAACGCCGAUUGUUUUCAGCAAUGCAUUUGGAUGCCAAUCCAGUUCCACUUUCACCGUUCCCUUUGGAGCAAUGGCAGCACUCUCUGGUGGGAUCUCCUUUUUCUACUACUUUUCCUCUCCGACUGUGGUUCAUCUAGAUCAAAUCAAUGAACAUCCAGGCCCAAAAAUUGCUCUCAAUUCAGAUAAAUGGAUUGAAUUUAAACUACAAGACACUGCAAGGGUUAGUCACAAUACUCAGUUGUUCAGAUUUUCAUUUGAUCCCACUGCCAAGUUGGGUUUAGACAUUGCUUCGUGCAUCCUUACACGGGCUCCUAUGGCACAAGAUACUGAAGGAAAAACAAAAUAUAUCAUACGCCCAUAUACUCCUAUAUCUGAUCCAGAUGCUAAGGGAUACUUUGACUUUCUAAUUAAGGUGUAUCCAGAAGGGAAAAUGAGUCAACAUUUUGCCAGCUUAAAGCCUGGCAACGUUGUUGAAGUGAAAGGUUCAUUUACUUCUUUCAGGCCCAUCGAGAAGCUAAGAUACUCUCCAAAUAUGAACAAACACAUAGGCAUGAUUGCCGGAGGCUCAGGCAUUACUCCAAUGCUUAAGGUGGUUGAGGCCAUAUUGAAGAAUCAGGAUGACGACACUCAGGUGUCGUUGCUUUAUGCCAAUGUCUCUCCGGAUGACAUACUGCUUAAACAGAAACUCGACUCACUUGCUGUCAGCCAUCCAAAUUUUAAGGUAUUUUACACUGUGGACAAUCCGUCAAAGAACUGGAGAGGAGGCGCAGGUUACAUAUCAAAGGAUAUGGUUGUGAAAGGCUUACCAAGUCCUAGUGAUGAUACCCUUAUCCUAGUCUGUGGUCCUCCUGGGAUGAUGAAGCAUGUAUCCGGUGACAAGGCUGAAGACCGGUCCCAAGGGGAGGUGUUGAACAGCAUCUACUGUGAUCCCUUUGGUUUUAAAGGAUUACAUUUGAAUUGGAACUGCAUUACCUGUUAUGUUCAUUGAUUUGACUAUGAAAAUGUCAAUAAAUUCUUAAUGUUUUGUUUUGUUGCAGCUCACAGGCACGCUUAAAGAAGUCGGUUAUACGGAGCAAAUGGUUUACAAAUUCUGAUUGGCAGAAGCAAUGUCAGUGGUUAAAUUCAAGUAAAAUUUUUGUGCAAUGAAGGAUUUUACUUGAAAUCCAGAAUAUCGAGCACUUUCUUUCUGAUAUGUAUUCAUUUCCUCAGUAGGAGAAACAUACCCAUAAGUUUCGUGUUACAGCACCCGUGUUGGGGAGAUUAUUUUAGAAGAAUCUUCCCCCUUAGUUGGCAGCUCCGUGGAAGAUUGGGAUCAGAGGUGGGACAGAAUUGUGCUGUAUCACUUGAAGUUUCCGGACCUCUUUCAAAUGAUGACAAUCAUCAUGGCUUUCGCAGGCAUUCAAUGCAGAAUAGGUUGAGGCAGCGUUAUGAGGCAAAAAUUAAUGCCAAACUGCGGUAUCCUGCAUCUGAAAUCUCAAGGAAAGAAUUUACUAGUGAGAGGAUAUCAACUCAGGCAUCUAGUGUGUUUUCAGGACCAAAAACCCUUUCACAGAUCAGAGGAGAGGAGAAAAACUGAAGAAAACAGUGAUUGCUGUAGACAACUGGAACAUUCUAAUACAAGUGCAUCAGCAGAUUUCGAGGGCCCAAAACUUCUGAGUGAGAUCCUAAAGAAUAAAAGGAGGCUAUGUUCUGUUGUAGAUGGUGAGAUUAGCAGCGGCUAAGUGAAGAUGUGUAGUGUACGUAUAGGAAUUAGGAGUAUUCAGUUUCAAGUGCUAUUUUUUACUGGGAUGACGAUGAAAACUGAGUGAAGGAUUGAAGGAAAGAGCCUCUUGGGUGGUAGACUGAUACUAGUGAUAUCCUUGAAUGGAAUGGGAUCGUGUUCUUUCCUGAUUCCUGCCUAUUUGUCUAGUAUUCUUGUACGGAGUGAGUUUAUCAUGAAUAUUACAAUCCGAGCAAUGCAUCGGCAUUGAAAUUUCAAUA